UUUCUGAUAACUAACAAAGUGCAUUCGUUCGUUCCUUAAUAAUUAAUGCGUUAAUUGGUUAAUAAUUUCGAAUUAAUUUUUAUUUUUUUGUAAAACAUUUCGUAUCUUCGAGGAAGCAAACAGAUCAAGGCUAAGAUAACCAACAGUCACCAACUGAAAACAGAUACUUCUACCAGGGGAAUCACACAAUUAUUUCCACGAUGUAAAUGAGAGGGUCGAGAAAAUUCUCGUUGCCAUUUGUUUAACUAACUACAAAACAGACUUUCCGAUGAAGAAGAAAUUUUCACAAAAAGUGUAUUAAAAGAAAAAUCAAAAAAAAAAAAAAACGAAAUAAACGAUAUCAGUAUAUGCAUAACACUUUUAAUUAUACAUAUAUUUAGUGAUUGUAUUUAUAGUAAAUAAAAGAAUUGUUAUUUAUAUAUUUUUAAUAAAAAUUAAGACUAAAAAAGCAAAACAAAAGAAAUGGCUGCCAAUAACGAAGUAACGAGAAUUUGUAGAAAAAUCACCAUCAACGCUAUCUCAAAAUAUACCGUCCUCACAAGCAGAACGAUGCUGCGCUCUAUUCUGAUAAUAGCCUGCAUUACAAGUCAAUUCUUAUCAGCCAAUGCUAUUCGUUGCCAUCAAUGCAAUUCCCACUUGGAUAAAGGCUGUAUAUCUUUGCCGUCGAACACUUCACUACAGCAGGGUGAUGAGCAGUAUUUGAAGGAAUGUGAAGGCGAGCACAAAGCGCAUGCUUUUUGCCGCAAAACAGUUAUAAAAAUUGAGGUUAGCGGAGAGCAUCGCAUUAUUAGAAGCUGUGGCUGGAAGUACGAUAGAGUCUACAUGGCUAACGAUGGUUGUUUCAACGCCGAUAACGAAGGUUACACGCAAAUCAUUUGCGCCUGCAAAACAGAUGCCUGUAACGCCGGGCAUUCUAUGGUCGCUUCAGGCUGGUCCCUUUUAGUUGCGACAGCGGUUUGUUUGCUUUUGGCUGCUGCUUCAACGAUAUAGUUAUUGAUCCGUUCUAGUGAUUAUAUAAUUAAUUAAUUUAAUUUUAUUAAAAUUAUUCACAAUGUAUUCUGUUUGAUUUUACAUAUAUUGAUUUGUAUUAGAUUAUUUUAUUGAAAAUUUCUAGCUUUAUUAUCUUUGCUCAAUAUAAAAAUAACAAAUGAAAAUGAAAUUAAAAA